GUUUACAGCUCACUUUAAGGUGUAAAGCUGAAGAGCAUCGUUUAUUGUUCCACCCAGUACUUGUCUACUAGACACCAUGAGCAAAUAUUUAAAAAUAGAUUUAUAAUUUGUCUUCUUGGUUCAACUUUUCUAAUGAGCAGUGUGCUCACUGCCGUGCAGGCCAACAACCCACGGGCACUCACCCUCCUGCUCAAUGGACACAGGUCUAGCUGUGACGUGGACAAGGCCCUGAUCUACGCCACACGGGAGGGCUUUGCUGACUGCGUGUCAUGUCUACUCAAAGCUGGGGGUGACCCCGAUACCUGUGACCCCAGCGGCAACACCCCCCUCUACCUGGCCGUCCAGCUGGGCCAUGAUGACGUAGUGGCCAUCUUGUGCCGGAGCGGGUCGGACGUGGAUGCCAGAGGAAGUGGACAGAACACGCCAUUGCACGUGUCGGCAAGAUGGGGCAGGGAUGAGUGUUUGGAGCUCCUCCUAGCUCAAGGCUGCAACCUUAACGCCAGGGACUCCAACGGUAGCACAGCCUUGACCUUGGCUGUCCGCAACAAACAGUACUACGCCAUCAGCCGGCUGAUGGAGGCCGGAUGUGACGUCAACAUAGCUGACCAUCAAGGCCGGACAGCCCUGCAUUACGCCAGCCACACGGCUGUGGCUGUGGAGAAGCUGUUGAGAGCAGGGGCGGAUGUGAACGUCACUGACCAAGAUGGCUGCACGCCCCUGCUGAUGGCCGCCACUGAAGGUCUGGAUCACGUGAUACACAGCCUCUGCCAGACGCCAGGAGUUGAUGUCAACAUAGCCACACACUCCAGCAGGAAAACACCGCUACAUAUUUUAGCUUAUAAAGGACACAUCAGGUGUGUCAACGACCUGAUAGCAGCAGGGGCGGACAUCAACCUACCUGACAAGGAGCAGAAAACACCUCUGUGGUACGCCGUUGCUAAGGAACGGUAUGACAUCACGGCACUGCUGCUGCGGGCCAAUGGGAUGGUGGACACCUAUCAGUGCCCUCUACACGGCGGUGACGACACAUGCCCUGUGAAGAUUGCCGUUCAGCUGAAGCUUGUGAAGAUCUUGAAGCUGUUCAUCCUGAGCGGCUACGACAACCAGCACAUGAGGGAGGCACUGAGGGUGCCAGAGACACAGGCACUCUUCGUCAACAACCAGAUCAGCCAUUGGCUACUUCACGCACAGGAAGUGACGUCACUCCGUCAAAUUUGCCGGAAAUGGUUGCGCCAUCACUUGGGGUACCGUUUGUUCAUGGACAUCUCAAAGCUUCCCCUUCCCCAGAAGAUUCUAGACUACGUGUGUAUGAAAGAGCUUGAAGCAGUUGCCGUGUAGCAGUGAUAGAUUGCAAGAUGCCACGGUUGGAUUAAGCUUGAGGUGUAAUACAAAUUGGAUUCAAUGUUAAGCUAUACAGCGGCUUCUUUGAAGUGUUAAAAGGCUUUGAAAAGUUAUAUUGUCACGUUGGUUUUUGCAUGCCGUGUCAUUGUACAGUUUAUACAGUGUUUUGAUACAAUGUUUGAUACAGUGUUUAACAAAACUGAACUCGCCGAAACUUUUCCAAACGUCUAUGUGUCCCAAAGAGUUCUCACUUCUAUUCAUUUUAAAAUCAAGUCGUCUAUUGCUUUUAAUUUUUAUCCGUCCAGUGUCCAUUUACAUUUUGAUGUAUUAAGGCUACACAAUGCUAGUCUAGUUCAAGUCCAGUUCGAGAAUAGGGCUGGUAAGUAGGUCAUCAACCAGUUGUAUGGCUCAUGCAGGUUUUAUUGCGCCGUAGAACUGGUUGGUGACCUACUUACCAGCCCUAUUGUCUCCCACACUCUCAGUGUUCUCAAGAUAUUUUUCAGGCAGGAAUAUAAGUACCGACAAGUCAUGGUUUGGUCUAGAUAUACGUAGAAUCAUCAAACUAGGUGAGACAUUGUGCCUAGGCCAUCUGCUGGCAUAAGGCUACUCGCCUGAAGCUCAACUAUUUUCCCAACUUGGCCACCCAUAUCCCAUAUUUGGCCACCAGUGUUUGCGCUGAUCACUCAUGGUACCAAGGCCAUCCAUUUUCCCAACUGGGCCACCCAUAGUCCGUGCUUGACCACCCGUGUUUGCGCUGGUCACCCAUUGUCCCAAGCCUUCCUGUUAUCUCCGGGUAGCAAAAACCUCCCUAAGACCAUCAACAUAAAUUUUCGUUCAACUAACAUUUGAAAAUAUUAGACAUUCUCUCGAUUUAGAACACUUCAAUUUAAUUUCUGUAAACACUGCCAUUGCAGCACAUUGUAGAAACUUUUAACAAGCUACGACAUUGUUCUUUAGCCUGGAAUGGUGUCCUAUAGUCUGAAAAUAGCUAAAAGAACUAUAUUGUAGCACUUAAAGUACCAGUGAAUACCAACAGAGAUGGCUGAUGACUCUCUGUACCCCAGAAUUGAGACCUUGAUGAUGCUGGAUUUUGAACCAUUUAAAAAAAAUAAUUUGUUAG